UUUUCCUGAUCUCUUUGACCUCUCUUUCUUCAACACAGCAACCCAAAGAAAAAUAAAAAUAAAAAAAACAUGGCUGCCGCCUUGGUUGGAGGAUUUCUAUCUGCUAGCCUUCAAGUUCUGUUUGACCGUUUGGCUUCUCCUGAGCUCGUGAACUUCUUCCGAGCUCGAAAGCACGAUCAUGAACUCCUCAAGAAACUCAAAUUACGACUGUUGGGACUCAAUGCUGUGCUUGAUGAUGCAGAGGACGAGCAGAUCACUAAUCCAGCGGUAAAAGAUUGGUUGGAUGAACUUAAAGAUGUUGUAUAUCAUGCUGAUGAUUUACUGGAUGAUAUUGCUACUGAAGCUUUGCGAUGCAAAUCUGAUGAACAAGAGUACCAAAGUGGCCCAAACCAGAUGGUGGGCAAGAUAGUCGAAAUCGGCCGCCAUCAACAUGACGCUAUAGAACAGAUCGGCUUCUUGAAAGUCAAGAUUGACAAUGAAAAGAGCAAGGAUGUGGUAGCCUCUCAAAGAUCCGAUUUCGAGGCAUCGCAAACGGCGGAGGAACGUGCGAGAGCUGACUCUGAGGCCGAGCGAGCGAGGAAUUCCAACCAACUAAGGCUUGCCACCGAAGAGAGAGCAAAAGCGAGUGAAAAAGCGCUCAAGUUAGCCAAGGAGGUGAUCACCAAGCUGGAAGCUGACUUGGAAGAUUCAAGGAAGGCAAAGAAAAUAGCCGACUUCGAGAUUUCCAAAGUGUUCCAAGUUGGGAAGGACGCCGCCUUGGAAAACUACGUAGAAGAAGUGCCCAAGUUCGAGAAUCAGGGCUUCAAACACGGCUGGCUCAAAGCCCUCACUGCUGUGAAUGUGACAUUAGCACAGUCGAUUCCAUACGAGCAGGUGGACGUUGAGCCGUUGGCGUCUGACCCUGAAGAUUGAUUAGGGGAUAUUUUGGUUUUUGGUAAGCAUCUUAGAUGCAUAGUUUUUGUAGGUUUUUGUUAGUAGAUUUUCAUUUCUUUAAGUGUAAACUAAUUUUCAUGUGUAAAAUGACUACCAUUUGCGCUCAAUUUAUUAAUAAAAAUUUUCUAUGCUUUC